AACAAAAUACUCUUUUUUAGGUAUCUGGCUACCGGAGAUACAUUUUAUACAAUAGGCCAUAGUUUUAGAGUCGGGUUUUCGACUGUAAGUGCCAUAGUUGUAGAAGUUUGUGAAGCUUUAUGUAGAAAUUUGCAACAUAUUUACUUGCCCGAACCAACUACAGAAAUAUGGAAAAAAUCUGAAGAAGGUUUUAGAAAUACCUGGCGAUUCCCAAAUUGUAUUGGUAGCAUCGAUGGCAAGCAUGUUACUAUCAAGUGUCCAGACAAAACAGGAUCUAAUUAUUGGUGUUAUUUGAAUAAGUUUUCUACAGUAUUAAUGGCUAUUGUUGGCCCAGAUUAUAGAUUCAUUUCAGUUGAUAUUGGCGGUUUUGGUAAAAACAGCGACGGUGGAAUAUUCGAAGCUUCCAACAUGGGAAGAAGAUUUGAAACAAAUCAGAUGGGUGUACCUGAGCCGAAAAAUCUCCCAGGCCAGAAUGAACUUUCCCCCCAUGUCUUAAUUGGAGACGAAGCCUUUGCACUAAAACCAUACUUGUUGAGGCCCUUUCCAUACAGUCAAAGCAGAACAGAUAUUUUCAAGGAAAAUUAUAAUGUGAGGCUCUGUAAAGCGAGAAGAGUAGUAGAAAACGCUUUCGGAAUAUUGGCACAAAGAUGGCGUAUAUUCUACAGACCAAUGGAAACAAAAAUUGAUACUAGUAUUCUCAUUGUGAAAACUGCAUGUAUUUUGCAUAAUUUUCUAAGGACAAAAAAAUGUGAUGAUAGAUUCAUAGAACUUUUAGAUCUACCAGAGCCUGAACUUGGAGCAUUUCAAAAUUUGGACAAUGACCCAAGGAGAGCUGCAAGACUGGCAUUUUCUGUUCGAGAAAAAUUUACCACGUAUUUUAAUUCAGGACUAUGA